GGUUAUCGACUUGGGCAUUGUGUUUGAAUUACUGUUUUUUUAUAAAUCAUAUUUGCUAUUUGAUUUCGAAGCUUAUAACGAAUUGGGUUUCCUGCGUAGAUAUGCAACGAUUGUAGGGGCCCCUAUACUAGGAGAUCUGGGAAUUUUCCAUAUUGACCUGUAUUACUCAAAGAUAGCAUUCGCUGCCCUGCUUCUGUGCCCUUGCAACACUGCAGAUUGAAUCCUGGCGUCUGCCAAUUGGUGACAACACCGGGCGCAGAAAAGCCUCAGAGCUUUACAGUGACGAGGAGCUGGAAUGGAGACCCAUGUGGCUAGUUACACUAAGUACACUUUACAGGUCAAUAACAGCAUGCUAUGUGAACGUGUUGGAACAAUUACGUUCUGGAUACUGUAGCAGGUGUUAGACUCUUACCUAUCCAGAAUUCACCAGGACAUACUAAACUUAUGUCCGGCGUAUGAAGGCGCCCCGCACGACACUAACCACCUUUUCACAUGCCCUAUCAAACCCACUCAUCUAACACCCCUCUCCCUCUGGACCCAACCAGUCGAAAAAGCAAGUUUCCUGGGCCUACCGUUAGAUGAGCUAGACGAAGAUGGCCGGGAUUUACAACUCGCUUAACGCGAUGAAACAAAAACUCAAUUUUGUCCUACCACCAGUAAGACUAUUAUACUUACGCGUAUAUAAUAGUUUGGGGCCAUUGAUAUAAAUUGUGGGUCAAAUUUUUUUUGUUGGAAAUUGAACAUUAGCUGGUAUGUAACAAGAAUUUUUUUUAAAUACGAUGGACGCAGAUCACCACAACCAUAACGCAAAAGUUGAACGUCUUUGCCCGCAUAUGAUGCUUUUUCAUGGUGGACAUUGUGAGCAAAUCCUAUGGAAGAGCUGGACUGCUAUGAGUAUUGUGGAAUUUAUACUGUCAGCGUUUGCUAUCUUUCUUAUAGCAUUUUUAUAUGAAGCUUUGAAGUUUCUGCGACAGUUUCUUCUUCGCCGGGAACUUGAACGAAUUGCUAAAAACAAAGAAAAGCAAGAAGAUGUAUGCCACACAAUAGCUGGGCUGAAAAACAAACGAUUUCUUGAGCGAAUAAUCGGACUGCCACAUCUCAUACAGACUUCAUUGUUCUUAUUCCAAGUUACACUAUCAAUGCUGCUCAUGUUAAUAUUUAUGACAUUUAAUUAUUGGCUGUGCCUAGCUGUUAUUUUAGGUCUUACAAUUGGUUACUUUCUCUUUGGUUGGAUCAAAGAUGAUGCAUAUGACAGUGAUUGCUGUCAUUAAUAAAUAUAAAGCUUUA